CUCCGCACGCCUCCUGCGCUGGCCACGGCGAGCGCAGCGCGCAGUCACCACCACACCGUCGAGAGUCAGCCGCUCCGCCUCCGGCGAGGGCGAGCGGGGGCGGGGGCCCACCAUUCACCAUGGCGUCGUCGUCCUCCGCUUGGGUGGAAUGGGCCGCGGAGUACACCAAGGCGGCGCAGGCUGAUGCUCGCCCCGCGCACGAGUGGGUGGCGCGGGUGGCGGCGGCGGCCUCCGCGGGGGACGGUGAGGACGUGCAGUUUUCUGCGGGGCUGGCCGAGAUGCUGGCGCGCGUGCUCCUCUCCGGCGGAGGCAGCGGCGCCGCCCCCGCCGCGGCGUGGAAGUACGCCGAGGCCGCCCUCGCCGCGCGCCUCGCGUCACCGGCGCUCCUCCUCGCGCUCCUUUCCAUCAGGGUCAUUCCUCACCGGUUAGCAAGUCCAACAGCGUAUCGACUUUAUCUGGAGCUCCUGCGGAGACAUGGGUUCACAUUAUGUUUUCAGAUAAAAGGGUCGAAUUUCAAAAAGAUUACGCAGUCAAUAGACGAUAACCUUAAUCUCUCCAAGAUAUUUGGAAUUUCAACAUGUGAACCAGGGGUCUUUGUUGUUGAAUUUGUCCUUUGCAUUCUAUGGCAGUUGGUUGAUACUGCAUUAGAUAAUGAGGGCUUGUUAGAGUUAACUCCAGAGAAGGCCGCUCAAUGGCCAACUAGGCCUCAAGAUGUGAGUACAUUUGAAGGAUCUUUAUCUGAACAAAUGCCCGAGAAAAUCGAAAAGUUACAGAAGAUGAAUAGUGUGACAACUAUUGAGCUCAUUGGAAAUCUUCUCCAUGAUAAAGUAGUUAAUCGUAUCCUCUCACUGGCACGCGAAAACAUGAAAACUCAGUGGGGAGUAUUUGCUAACCGGUUACAGUUGCUUGUGGCAAACUCAUCCACCUUAAAAGCUUCAAAGAUGUCCUCGGAAGCAUUUCAGCAGUUGAUUCUGGAUGAGCACAAUGUGUACGGUGAGAAUAAACAUAGUCUGCGCAAAAAAUUCCAUCCCACGGUGGCUUUUAAUCCUAUAUCUUCUCCAAAUGGACGUUGCCUUGGCGCUAGUUAUUCUGCACUAUGGAUUCCUAUUGAUAUGUAUCUUGAGGAUUGCCUUCAUGGCUCAAUUGCUGCGACGAAUUCCAUUGAGAUUUUAAGUGGUUUGGUGAAGGCACUUCAAGCAGUCAAUAGAUCCACCUGGCGUGAUGCUUUCAUGGCCCUUUGGAUAGCAUCAGUUCGCCUUGUGCAAAGGGAAAGAGAACCAAUAGAAGGUCCCGUUCCUCAUCUAGAAACACGGCUAUGCAUGCUGUUGUCUAUAGCAACACUUGCAGUUGCUGACAUAAUUGAGGAAGCAGAUUCUUGUCACAAUGAGCUCAACAACCAUUGGAAAGGAAAGUCAGCAAAAGAUGAUCUGCGCAAGGAAUUGAUGUUAAGCUUACAGGUUCUUGGCGAUUAUGAAAGUCUGCUUGUUCCUCCUCCUUGCAUAAUCUCAGCAGCUAAUCUGGCUGCUUCCAAAGCUGCAAUGUUUGUUUCAGCAGCCAACAUUAGCAAUGGUUACAUGGAAAGUGGCAACGACAGCACAAUGAACUAUUCUGGAAACAUGCGGCACUUGAUUGUGGAGUCGUGUAUCUCAAGAAACUUGUUGGACACGUCAGCUUACUUUUGGCCUGGUUAUAUUAAUGGUCAUGUCAACUCCAUGUCUCAUACACUCCCUAGCCAACUUGCUGGGUGGUCAUCUUUCAUGAACGGUGCACCAUUAACUCAGUCAUUGGUUAAUACAUUGGUCUCAAUUCCUGCUUCAAGCUUAGCAGAGCUCGAAAAGUUAUUUGAAGUUGCAGUCAACGGAUCAGAUGAAGAUAAGGUUUCUGCUGCUACUGUCCUCUGUGGGGCCACCUUGUUACGCGGUUGGAAUUUUCAGGAGCAUACAGUUCGCUUAGUCGUUAAACUGCUCUCACAUUCUGACGCUGCUGAUUUUUCUGGAAGAGAGAGCCAAUUAAUGAAGCAUGGUCCGAUGCUUAAUGUUAUUCUCACUGGAAUAUCACCUGUAGACUAUGCUCCAAUCUUCUCAUUCCAUGGCCUGGUUCCAGAGUUGGCUGCUGCGCUGAUGGCAAUAUGUGAAGUUUUUGGGUGUCUUUCCCCAAGUGUUUCAUGGACGCUGGGAACAGGGGAGGAAAUAUCUGCUCACUCGGUUUUCUCAAAUGCAUUCAUUCUUCUUUUGAGACUCUGGAAGUUUAACCAUCCACCACUUGAAUAUUGUAUAAUGGGAGAUGGGGCUCCUGUUGGAUCACAACUAACUCCUGAGUAUCUUCUGUUGCUGCGGAACCCCCGAGUUCUAUCUGCUAGCAGUUUGUCCAAAAGCAGGAGUAGCCAAAAGCAGUUACCGGUUAAUUCAAGCCCAUCAUCCUAUAACCCUAUUUUUAUGGAUUCUUUUCCAAAGUUGAAAUUAUGGUACCGGCAGCACCAAGCUUGUCUGGCUUCAACUCUCUCUGGACUUGCUCAUGGAACGCCUGUACAUAACAUUGUAGACAGCCUUCUCAACUUGAUGUUCAGAAAGGCCAACAAAGGAAGCACAUCUAUUGGUUCUUUGUCUGGGAGUAGCAGCAUAAGUAACUCAUCUGGUCCUGGUGGUGACGAUUCACAUCUUUGGCCUCAGUUACCUGCUUGGGAAAUACUGGAAGCUGUUCCAUUUGUGGUUGAUGCUGCUCUAACUGCUUGCUCACAUGGAAGACUAUUUCCACGUGAACUGGCUACAGGUCUCAAAGAUCUAGCUGAUUUUCUGCCUGCAUCUAUUGCAACAAUUGCAAGCUACUUUUCAGCAGAAGUGACACGCGGUGUUUGGAAACCAGCGUUCAUGAAUGGAACAGAUUGGCCUAGCCCGGCUGCCAAUCUAUCCAUGGUUGAAGAGCAUAUCAAGAAAAUUGUAGCUGCUACUGGUGUUGAUGUUCCAAGGCUUGCCACAGGUGGAAGUACUUUGGGUAGACUUCCAUUGCCGUUGGCUGCUUUCGUGAGCCUCACCAUUACAUACAAACUCGACAAGUCGUCCGAACGUUUCCUUAACCUAGCUGGUCCAGCUUUAGAGAACCUUGCGGCUAGCUGCCCUUGGCCAAGCAUGGCAAUUGUUGCAGCACUGUGGACUCAAAAGGUGAAGCGAUGGAGUGAUUUCCUAGUCUUUUCAGCAUCACGCACGGUAUUCCACCAUAACAAUGAUGCAGUUUUCCAACUUCUUAGAAGCUGCUUCACUUCUACCCUUGGCAUGUCAUCGACAUCAUUAUGUUGUUGCGGAGGUGUUGCCAGCCUUCUGGGUCACGGGUUUGGCUCUCACUGCUCUGGUGGUCUGUCCCCUGUUGCUCCAGGAAUUCUUUACCUCCGGAUAUUCCGGUGCAUCAAGGACUGCUCUAUACUUGGAGAAGAUAUACUUAACCUGCUGAUGCUUUCGGUGAAAGACAUAGCUGAAACAACAGUGUCCAGGCAUCGAUCGGACAAACUAAAGAGGACCAAGUAUGGAAUGAGGCACGGACAGAUCUCCCUUGCUGCUGCAAUGACGCAAGUGAAGGUAGCAGCAUCACUUGGAGCGACACUAGUGUGGUUAUCAGGCGGCACAACCCUUGUCCAGUCUCUGUUCCAAGAGAUGCUGCCCUCGUGGUUCCUUUCCGUGCAGGACCUGGACCAAGGAGGAGCCAGUGGAGCAACAGUAUACAAGUUAGGCGGCCAUGCGCUCGCCUACUUCGCAGUGUACUCUGGAAUGUUCGCGUGGGGCAUAGACCCUACACCUGUAUCCCGGCGUCGAGAAAGGGUAAUGCGGUCGCAUUUGGAGUUCCUGGCAAGUGCAUUGGAUGGGAAGAUCUCACUGGGUUGCGACCUCUCCCUGUGGCGCGCCUACGUCUCGGGCUUCCUGGGGCUAGUAGUGGAGUGCACCCCGUGUUUGUUGCAUGAGGUGGACCUCAAGGUGCUCAAGAAACUGAGCGUUGGGCUCCAGCAGUUGAGAGAGAAUGAGCUCGCCAUUGCCGUGCUUCGUGGAGGAGGGCCCAAGGCGAUGGCUGCCGCUGCAGAGUUGAUCCUGGGCAGCUGAGUGCGGACGCCAACUCUGCCGUUUGUACAUAUAAUCAAACAUGUGCUGUGUAUGCUUGAUUUGUCAGAAAAAAACUUCUAGGCGCUUUGCUGUCAUUAUCAGCUGCUAACCGCCACCUCAAUCCGUGGACUGUGGAAGGAGGUAACUCAGUGUCGAAUUAGCUCAGUUAUGUAAAUGUUACGACAAUCUUUUUCUAUGUUUUUUGAGAAACAGUGAUUUCUGUUCCGUGUCUUA